UGUUGCGCAGAUUCACUAGCGAUGUAAGAUCAGGACGAAAGGAAGAAUUCUCCCCUGGAGUCUGACUGACUAAUAAGGUGCACAUUGCAGUUUCACCGUGUGCACAUAUCAGAUGUCGUCAUUGGGAGAACACCUGCGCUCUGGCCUGACAAAAUAUGGACAAGCAAAAGCUGAGAUUAAUGCGGUUACCACAAUAUUGAGGCAACUUCAUGGAGAAAACUAAAGGAAUCCCUUUAAGAUGACACGCACAGAUCCACCUGAUAUACUGGUAUCAACUGUGCAUCAAGACAUAAAAGUGAUUCCUAUAUCUACCCACUACAAAUCUUUGCAACCCUCCAAACAAUGUGAUUUUAUAAAUUGCAUUACAGUGGAGGACAGUCAAAGCAAAGUUAAUAAGAGGCACUGUCAAACCUUUGACUAUAAGUCAUUGGAGUACCCAAAAUCACACAAGUCCUCAAUGGAGUCCCCACACAGAAAAGCUGAUAGGCAUGCAGCCAACCCAGAUGUUGCUUGGAAUGCCCUGGGUUGCCACCAGAGAUACCGUUUUUCUGCUCCAGACAUUUUCAGUCACAGAUUAACUCCUCAAUCAGUGGCUGCAGAAAGGGCAAGUGAGGUAGUUGUCCCUGAAAAUAAAAGAAGGACCAGGUCAAAAAGUGCCUCUCGUGUUCAGACUGGCCUCACUCCUGUGACUUUUGAAGGUUACUCAUCAUCAGGAAGGAAAGGAAGAGAGUCCCAAAGGGUUCCAAAAGAUUCUCGCUGGAGAGCUGAAGCAUCCCCACUUAGAGAGUCAUCUUAUGUAGCAACAAGGACUCAUAUGCAUGAAGUACAUCCCAUUAAGCUGCAGCCUCAAAUUGGUGACAGCAGUAGAUAUUCACCACACUAUGCUUCUGAUAAAUUUGAGGAUGGAAGUCUAGAUAAAUCAGCAACUAGCCCCCAUGUUAGGUGUCGAGUGGACAUCAAGCCCGAUGAUGCAGCAUUACAUCAUUCAGGUCGAAAACAGACAACAUCUGCAAUGGAAAUACCCUGGCAGAGGCAUCACAGUACUGGGAGAAGUCUGACUGUGCCACGUCAUUUCUCCUACUCCAGAACUCCAACUCCCACUGACUCAAUGGGUGCAGAAAGUAGGCAAGCUUAUCAAUAUUCCCGAAGCAUGCCAAAUACUUACCUACAACACAUGGAGCUUCCAUUACAAAGAAUGCCUUCUGCUAGUGAUUAUUAUGGUAGAGAACAUAGAGCUCAUUCCAGUCCUAAUGUGCCAACUAAUUUCUUUUAUGCAGAUGAUGUAGCCAGAUAUGUGACUGCUCCUGCUCCAAAACCAGGAUCUUUUUUUCAUGAUGAGCACUACACACCAGGUAAAACAUACAGUCCCAAAGUACAGUAUGUGCAAGAUCCAAGGACUCGAAUAGUGCAUGCUGUAGCUACUAGGCCAUAUUAUUCUGAAAUGGAGCCCCACCCUUACUCUGUGCAGUCAGGAUAUCCCAAACCAUAUGCUGAAAAUGAACCAGGGCCAUACAUCAUAAGCACACCCCCCACAAGUAUAUUGUAUGGUGAUGAUCCAAGAACUUAUCAAAUUCAGACAGCACCACCACGAUUUUAUUAUUCCAGUGAUAUGUUUGCAGUCCCCCCAGAGCACCAUGUUCCAGCAAGGGCAUACUAUACUGAAGGUCGAAGACAUGCUAGAGUCACUCAACCACAAACUGAUGACUGGUAUGGCUCUGAUGCAUCUGGUUAUUCUACUAAUCCAGCCUCCUAUGUGUCGCAGAUCACUCCAACCAGAGUCCGGCAAGAGCCUGUACUAACUCCAUGGUAUACCAAUCCAUGUGUAGAACCUCAAAAAAUAGGUACAGAUUCCAAAUCUUAUUCCAGGUCUUGGGACAACAUUCUCAACUCACGUGUAGAAAGAGAACAACCUCUUCCUGUACAGAGAGGUCAGAGCUACGAUGAUCUUUUGGACUCCAGGAAGCCGCCUACGGCCACAGGUGACAAACCAAAACCAGUGGUAGUCAAUCUUUCCAGUUCACCAAGACGCUAUGCAGCCUUAUCAGUGUCUGAUAAUUCACUUAUUGACAAAAGUCCAACAGAGACGUCAAAAAGUCCCACAAGCAAACUUUGGUUUGUUACUCCUGAAAUAACAAUCACUGAUAAUGACAUUAGGCCAGGAAAUCUUAACAAGGCUGAAGGACGGUCUGCAAGUUGGGAUAUUCUUGACUCUAGAAACGCUGAGGGUCUAGAAUUACAUGACUUUGAUAGCUCAACCAAAGAAAAGACACAUGAUAAUGCCUCACUUCAGCAAAGCCUUGAGCAGCUUGAUGAGCUCCUAGCAGAUCUUGUGACUGACUACAAGCCACCCAGUAGACGAACAAGUGAGGAGAUUUUGGACCAAUUAAAGAAGUUAAUUGAUGAGGAAGAAGCAGUAUCUCUGUCCAGAAAAUGCUCAAAGCCAGAUACAGAUGAACCACUGCCUCUGGAUAAGCAGCCAACUUCAAUCAAAAUUAAUCCAGAUGUUUUUCGUGACAUGGAUGGGCCAAGUGAUGCAAUGAAGACCGCAGAGGAAUGCUCUCCAGAUCAAAGUCCAGAUGAGGAUGAUACAAUGAUGUGCUCCAACAAUAAGUGCCGGAGAACAGAGACCUUAUUCAAUGCUUGUCUUUAUUUUAAAUCCUGCCACAGCUGUUACACCUACUACUGUUCUCGGAACUGCCGUAGAGAGGAUUGGGACAUACAUAAAGAAAGCUGCUUAUAUGGAAGAAUUGGAAGCACAUGCCGGCAUAUUAUAAAACACUGCCGGGAGACUGUUGAAGUCCACAAAGCCUUCUCCCGUGUUGCCAAGGUUGGCUACCUUUCUCGAGGUAGGGGGGUCCUCUUCCUUGGCUUUCCAAAUCCUUCUUCAUCUUGUAGCUUCCUACAGUAUGGCCUGAAUAGUUUACCAAUGUCUCCUACAUACCUGUCUCUUCGGGAGCUUGAAAGCUUCAAGGACAACCUGGGGGAAUACUGUAAUGAGCUGCAAGAAGCUGGUAAAGAAUAUGACCCAAACGAAUGUUUCAUCUUGAAUGUAUCCAUUGCUGUGGGUGACCAGCUGCCCGAUGGGCCAUCGCCAAGGAAUCAAGCUCCUACAGUUAGAAAAUAUGCAAAAAUUGCAUUGGCUUCUUUUAGUCCUGAGAGAAAGGUUCACAAGAAAGAGAAUGACAUGGAAACACUGAUCCUUACACCACCUCCAGGAACGGCUGAUAUUGACAUGGAAGGAGAGGAAGGUCGGAAGGCACGAGAAAUCUGUUUCAUCAAUAUACAACGGGAACUGAGAAUGAGAGGAGUUUUUCUACGCCAUGAAUACCCAAAUGUGUAUCAACAGCUUUGUGAAUUUGUGGAAAGCAACAGAAGGUUCACACCUACAACUAUUUAUCCAAUUGAUAAGAGGACUGGCAAACAGUUUAUGUGCAUGAUCAUGGCUGCCUCUGAGCCCAGAACACUGGACUGGGUUGGUGCACCACAUCUGCUUGAUGACAUCAUUUAAGGGCACCUUUUGUUGAAAAUAGAUGUGUAUAGAAAUACAUACAAAUUCUUGCACAUAUUUCUAUUGGUCUAGCUGUAUACAGUUGUGUGUAGUGCAACUGUAGAAAUUACAUACAUUCAUGCCUGCUUGGUCAGUAUUCUUUAUUAUUAAAAUAUUUCUCAUCAGGUGUAGAAGUACAAUAUAUUAGUUAUUUAUUUUAACACUAUAAAAUGCUUUUAAGUCAUCCACAAGUCAUUUCCUGGUUUCUACUGUUACAAAACAUUCCCCUUGGUUGGGACUGCUAAACUCACAUAUUGUUUUUUUAAUAUCUCAGAUAAGUAAAUAGUGGUUAUUAUGUGAGUACGACAUAAAUAUUUUCAUAUUUAACUUUUAUGGUAUGACAUGCUGGAAAUAAGAAACAUUAUUUUCUUAGCAACGCAAACACUUUCUAUGCAAGGUUAUUUCAUCAAUUAAGUACCACAUUCCUGCAGGUGUAGCAUCUGCUAUAUUAUGUAUGAUACAUACAUAUUAUUAUAGAAAUAUAUAGAGACUUUAGAGACUGGUGUGAAAAGUAAUGAUUUUGAUGGAAGUGUAAAUUCUUAUUAGACAUAAAGGAUGACCGAGAAAGAAACAUCUUGUGCUGUUUAAGAUAUCUAGUACAAAAGGCACAACAUUUUAUACUGAUUUGAAAAAGUACUCUAUUGAAAACAUGGACUCUUCUGUCUAAAGGCAUACUUAGAGAAGUUCACAUCAGCAUAACAUUUCUUUAUUCUGCUCUGCAGAAUUAGCAGAUCAAUCCUGGACUUGAAAACCUUCAGAAUGGAUGUUAAAAUGGUGCCAGUUACAAGCCCCACUAGAGGUGUUGGCCUGUACUCUUCAGUUUAAACACUGUGAAUAGUGAAAGUUAUCUAAAAACUCAACUUGGUCAAAUACCAACAUGUAAUGCAACUUCUUUGAAAUACAAUUUUAUGAGUUGUCUUUUUGGAUAUUUUCACAAAAUCUAUAGGAGUUAUUGUCCUUUGAACAAAGUGAGCCAGAUUUUGGCACGGUAACUGUAAGGUAGACUUCUGAAAUAGGGACAGAAGUAGUUAGCUGUGAAUUUGUGCCGAUCUAGGUUUAUUACAUGUAUGAUAUCCUUAUUAGUUUUAGCGAAUCAGAGUCUUUAAUUUGUUUAUUAGGUACAAAAAUGUAGAAAGUUUAAUAAUACCACUUAGCCAUAUUGCCUCAUUUUUUCUGUCAAUUGUGUAUUUGUAGCAUCCUAAAAGAUAAAAGAGGUGAAUUCCAUUCACCUCUUUUAUCCUAGAGGUGAAUGGAAAGAAGGGUGUGGCUUGAAUUUAUUGUAUGUUUGAGUGCUAAUAGUCUAUCUAAAUAUGGUUUACCUGACACCACAAAAACAUAUAAGUCGCAGUAUAUCACAAAUAUGUAAAUUUCUUAUUAAUCACAAAUGAAGGUGGAUCAAUUUGUUGUCCUUUAGCGAUAUAUCUUUCUCAGUCCUCAGAAUCUGUGCAACAAAGUACAAUGAAACUUGAGGCUUACACAUAUAUAUAUAUAUUUUUUAAAAAAGUUACUUUUAAGAUAAAGUACUGUAAAAAAAAAUCUUGAAAAGUUGACUGGCUGCAUGUUAUUUGAUUUUUCUUCUCCAAUCUCAUUUUAACAUGUUAGUAACUGCAACAUGCUUGAUGAAUGAGCCCGUGAAAGUGAUACAAUGCUGUGCAAGAUUUGUUUUCUUCAUUUCUAUUUAUCAUGUUAAACAAUAAGAGACCUCACUAAAAUGUUUAGAAAAUCCUGUAAUCUUGUAUUUUUUAUACUUUCAACAUAUAUAUAUGUGUGUGUGUGUGUGUGUGUGUGUGUGUCUAUUUAUAAACCAUGUCCAAUAAAUGGAACAGGAACUGCCUA